AUGCUUAAACCGAAAAUAAGCAACCCAAAUAGUAUUGCAUUAAUUAAUUUAGACAAGAUUACUGGAUGUAAGGUUGAAAGUCAAAUAAAACCCAAGAUGACUGUUAAUGAAAAUAGACAAUUAGGACAUACAGAAUCUGAUUAACAAGAUUUUUUCAUGGAAAGCAAAUUAAAUCCUAGUCAAAUAGUUACACCAAACAAAAUUAAAAAGAAGAAAAAGAAAAAAUCUAAGAAAUCUUCAUAGAAAUCUAAAACUGAAAUACAAAAAAGUGGACUCAAAACUAAAAAGUCUAUUUCAUAAGUAUUUCCAUGGGGAGUAAAUCAGUAAAGACUAAGGAAUUAUAUUUUAUCUGAAUAAGAGAAAUAUUAUAAUGCGAUUUAACGUCGAAAUACAAGAACAACAAUUGAUUUCAAAGAUAGAAGAUAAUAAAUUGGUACAUCCUUUUUAAACCAAUAUACAGAAAAUAAUCUUAAAUAAAUGAUUAAAAGUAAUAUGAUUUAUUAAGCUAGAGAAAAAGUCUUUUCAUGAUGAGAAUCAACCUAAAUAAAAAUUAAAAAUAUCAACUACCUUACAAAAAUAAUACAAAUAACUUCUAAAGAAACCUAAAUAUUUGAAUAUUCUACCUAAUCGACUUAAAAUAAGUUCUAUUCAUUAUCCAAGUCCUGCUUAGAAAAUAUAAAAGAGAAAUAGAAGUCUUUCAUAAGGUUAGCAUAAUAAAUAAAUUUUAAAUAAUAGGAUUAGAACAGGUUCUCUUCAUGAGAAAACUGGAAAUUUAUUUGAAGCAACAACUUAAAAAUUAAAAUUUAAGAAACCUUUAAAACAAAAAAAAAUAGUUAUAUAGUAUUAGAAUAUUGAAGACAAUUUUCUAUAUAAUAAUAAAAAAGAAUCUAAUUAAUAUAAAAAUGAAUCAAAACCUCAUUCAUCUUUAUACAAAUUAAUGAGUAAUUCAAGCAGCAAUAAUAUUCCUAAUGAUAGUGAUAGAGAAUAGAAUAUUUAAGACUUAAAUGAUAGCACUUAUAGUAAAAAAAAUAUUCUAGAUACUUAUUCUGAGGAAGAGGGAGAAAAUAAAAAAUAGAAAGGAAAUAAUUUAUUUUAAAUGAGAAAAUGUUCAAUUCCUGAAAUUGAUAAUGAAGAAAAUUAUUUUAAAAAAUAAAAUUGUAAGAAGAUUACUUUACCUUAGAAUAUUUUUUCUGUUGAAAAUUAAGCUGCUAUUAUAAUUUAAAAAGUUUGGAAAGGAUAUAAAGUUAGAUAAAUAUAAUUUAAAUCUAAAUUCUAAGAAAAGAAACAAUUCAAUAAAAAUAAAGAUGGAUUAAAUUUAAAAAGUUUAACCAAAUCUUAAAUUAAUAAAUUAAUCAAAUAUGGAUUAUUAAAAAAAGAAUCAAUAGAUAAUUCUUAACUUGUAGAUGAAUCUAGUUUUUUAAGCUAUUCAAGACCUAAUUCUUAAAUGGAUAAUCAAAAAGAAAUAAAAAAGUUGAUAGAACCAAAUUAAUAUUAAAAAUUUAUAGAAAAUUUUUAAGAUGAUAUUGAUUAUUUACCUAAUCUAUCUAACUAAUAGAAUUAAGUUUAAAAUAAAUUUAAAGAUAUUUAAUUGUAAAUAAUAUCUGAGCAUACACCUGAAAAAAUUAAGAAAAUAUAUCAGAAUUCCUAAGAUGAACAAAUCCAAUCCUUUGGUAAUUAAAAAUCAAGAAAAAUAAGUAAAUUGUCAAUUGAUGUUGAAGAAUAAGAGGAAGAGAAUAAAGUUGAUAUUGGAGAAAUUAGAUGUGCUUUUGGUUCAGAAUCAUUAUUAAAGAGUUUAUCAUAAGAAGGUGAAUAAUCAUUCUAACAAGAUAAAGGAUUAUUUGAAUAAACAUCAUUUUAAGAUUUCGUUAUGAAUAAAUUUAAAGAACUUAUGUAGAGAGACAAGAUGGAUUAAUUAAUUGCUUUAAGAGAAGAAGCAGUUUAAUAAAGACAAUAAUAAACAUUGAAAUAGAUUGAUAAAGCUUUUUAAAAUAAUUAAAUAUCCCCUAGAACAUUUGAAUUUUAAUAAAGAAAAAUAGAAAAGUGGGUUAAUAAAUAAAAAACAGAUUUAGAAUAGAAAAAGAGAGAGAUUUUAAGAGGAUAAUAAAGUAUAUUUGAUGCUAUUGUUAAAACUUAAAGAGAUUUACAAUUUGUUAAAUAAAUGUAAUCAUCAUAAAAUUCAUAAACAUACAUAAAAAUAGUUGAUUCUUUAAGUUAAGAAUCUGCAAAUUAUUCUGAAAAUUCUCUAAAGAGUUCAAUUAUAGAUAUUUAAAUAUCUAAUUCUUAGAUGUUAUAAUAAUAUUAGUAAGAGGAUAAAAAUAAAGCUUAUGAGGAAGUAGUUACAAUUUAGAGAAAAAGUAAUAAUAUAUUAGAAGAAAAAGAAUUAAUUUGUCCUGAACCCUUUAAUCUAAAAAAGUUGGCUUAAUCUUAAUUUGUUAGAAAUGUUGAAUAGUUGAAAGAACCAUAAAAAAUAUCAGAGAAAUGUGCUGAUUCAUACUCUAUUUUGAUUUCAAAUAUGUUAAUAUAAGAGGAAGUAAAUUAAUUUUAUACAGAAAUGUAAAGAAAUGGUAUUGAUUUAUAUGAAAUAAUAAACAAUUCUUAAUUAAAUCGUAGGACAUAGAUUGCUUAAUCAAAAGAAUAAAAGAUUUAAGGACUUAAGACUAAUGUAACAUAAAUUAAAACAUAUCUCAAAUAUUUAGAGGAGUACUUGAUAGGUAAUCAAAUUAUUUAAUAUCAUUAAGAUAAUGUAAUGAUUUAAAUUUAGAGAAUAAUUAAUAUUCCUUUGGGUCCAUCAUCUAAAAUAAUGCUUAAGUUUCUUUAGCCAAUUAGAGAUUCAGCUGAGUCAGAUUAUGAUUCAAAUGGAGCAUAACAUUAAAUUAUUCUUAGUGUAGAGUUGUUUGGCAAAUUUGAAAGAUUUUUAAUGGAAUAAAGAAUAAUUAACCAUUAAAAUAAACUAUUAAUUGAAUUAGAGCAUAUACAUAAUAAAGCAAUUUUUGAUUCUUUAAAUGAAGCACUUGAUUAUUUUAGACCAUAUGGUUUAAAUGGAUAACCAUUUUUAUGGAAAUCUGAUCCAACAAAAUUAAGAGCAAGGGAGGUUUAAUUGACUGAUAUUCCUGGGAUUAUUCGUAAAGCUUCAGAAAAAGUUAUUGAUUGGAGUCAUUAUAUGACAGGGAUCUUGAUUGAUAAAGAAGAUUCACCAUUUCCAAAAUCUUUUUAAUUAGAUUAAGAAACUAUAGCAUAGAUAAGAGAAGACAGACUCUAUAGAAUGUUAACAUUAGAUGUAUAAUUAAAUUAAAGAAUUUUAGAUAAUAGAUAAUGAAGAUAGAUGGACAAAUUAUGAUGAAGAGACUACUGAAAUAUCUAUUGAUUUAUCAGAUCUAUUAUUUGAUCAUCUAAUUGAAGAGGUAGCAUUUGAGAUGUAUAAAAAAUGA